AUGGCUAAAUCAUGGAAAUCGAAACUAUCAGAUGAUGACUUGAGGAAGAUAAUAGAGAGUGAUAAUUUUUGGGAUGACAGCGAUAUAGGCGAAAAUGAUGAAAUCGAUGCCAGCGCAAGCGAUGAAUUAGAUACACUUCAACAAAUAGUAGAUACAGGCGACCAAAGUGACUCUGAUGAAAAAGAUGUAGAGAUACUCAGUCAACAUGAUUCUGACAGCGAGCUAGAAUGGAACCCAAGUGACGAUGAGGAAAAAGUUGAAUCAUCAAAGGUAACAAAAUCCAGCAUGUAUUAUUACGGGAAGGAUAAAACCAAGUGGUCCAUGGAAGCACCAGGACGUACAAGAACUUUGUCCCAUAACAUCGUAGCUGUGCUACCUGGCCUAAAAGGUCAAAUUCAAAACAGCCCACCGCAAACACCGUUAGAGACAUGGGAACUUCUUUUCACAAAUGAUAUUUUGGAAAUGAUUGUGCAACAUUCAAAUAAUAAAAUUGAUAGCAUGAGACGUAAAUACAAAAAGUUCAAAUAUACAAAUGUACCGCGCAAAAUCCGAAUGAAUGCUGCUGACAUAUUGAGGUUGGCAUUGGAAGAACCUACUGAACCUAAUGAAAUACCAAGCAGUUGGGGCAGAGAAGCUUAUGUGACUUCCCUGGUUAAUAGCUCAUCUAUGCCCUCCGAUGCAGAACUCUCAAACCAUUUAGACUUAAAAGAAUCGACAGACCCUCCUGGAGAAUCUACCAAUGAAACAACAACUAGUAGUCCCGAGCCGUCCACAUGCUUUGAUCCAAAUGUUGUCCAGAUCAUCUAUAAAUUAUCGCGAUUGCCAGAUACUGUGAUCAAAAGAUAUGAUUUCACCAAGAACAGAAGCCAAAUGGCAGCAAUGGUACGAAGAAGUUGAAUCAGAUGUAGGGUCUGAGUUAUAUAAAUGACGCUGCCUCUGAACACAGUUUGCAUGAUACUAAUACGGAGCAAUCCUCGGACUCUGAUGACGAGGAUAUUUGUUUACCUUUAUCUC